AUGUCAGAAGUGGAUCGCUUAUUAGCAAAGAAAGUAGUUGAUCGAUACCUGAAACGUGAAGUACUUGGGGAAGGUACCUAUGGCGUCGUCUACAAAGUCAUUGAUACCAAGGUUGUGGGACAGACAGGGCAAACUAUUACAAUAAAGAAAAUCCGGCUUGGGAAGCAGAAGGAAGGGGUGAAUUUUACUACUCUAAGAGAAAUCAAGUUGCUGAAAGAGCUCAAGGAUCCAAAUAUAAUAGAACUGAUUGAUGCUUUUCCUCAUAAAGGGAACUUGCUUCUUGUUUUUGAGUUUAUGGAGACUGAUCUGGAAGCUAUUAUCCGGGAUAGGAACAUCAUUCUUUCCCCCACCGAUAUAAAGUCAUUCCUUCAAAUGACAUUGAAAGGACUUGCCUUUUGCCACAAGAAAUGGGUUUUGCACAGGGAUAUGAAACCAAAUAAUCUGUUGAUAGGACCUGAUGGACGACUAAAACUUGCAGAUUUUGGACUGGUGUUUGAUCGAUGGUAUAGAGCUCCAAAACUAUUAUUUAGUGCCAAACAAUAUGGUCCUGGGGUUGAUGUUUGGGCAGCAGCUUGUAUAUUUGCUGAGCUCCUUCUACGCCGCCCUUUUCUUUGUUGUCAGGGUAGCAGUGACAUGGAUCAGUUGGGGAAAAUAUUUGCUGCAUUUGGGACUCCCAAAACUUCUCAGUGGGCAGAUAUGAUUUAUCUUCCUGAUUAUGUUGAGUACCGGUUUGUUCCAACCUGGGCAGCCACUUCGGACGAUGUUUCCAAUGGCAAGUGA